AUGUGGUGGCCUGUUGACGCCGGCAGGACAUUGACGGUGAACGGUUGGUCGGCGACGGAGCUAAGUCUAUCGGCGCUGCGCAAGUUCACGCGGUACGAGGUGCGCGUGCGCGCCUUCAACGCUGUCGCCGCCGGACCGCCCUCCGCGCCGGUCACCGCCACCACACUGGAAGGAGUGCCGGAGUGGCACCCGCUGCGCGUGUCGUGCUCGUCGCUGUCCUCCUCCAGCCUCAAGGUGUCGUGGGGCGCGCCCCCCGCGGCGCACCACGCCGGCGUCAUACAGGGGUACAAGCUCAUCUACUCGCCGCUCACCGCCGACCACGCGGAUGUAGGAGAAAUCAAACGAGUGACGACAACGGACACCUACCUUCACACUCUACGCAAAUACACCAACUAUUCUAUACAAGUUCUGGCAUUCACAAAUGCAGGGGAUGGGAAACGCAGCCCUCCGGUCUACUGCAUGACCGAGGAAGACGUUCCAUCGGCACCAGAAAAGAUUAAAGCUCUAGCUUACUCCAGUGAUUCGGUUCUCGUCAGUUGGCUACCACCUUUACACCCUAAUGGCAUCAUAUCACAUUACACAGUGUAUUACAGAGAGGCAGGACGCUUAGGCAAACACUCGAGCUUUACAGUGUCGGCGGACUCCAAGCCGGAAAUGGAAUUGAUGUACCAAGUGAGGAAUUUGAUGGAGAACCAACUGUACGAGUUCUGGGUGUCGGCCACGACAGGCUCCGGGGAGGGAGAAUCCACUUUAGUCGUGGGACAAGGACCUAAUUCCAGGAUCCCGGCGCGCGUGGCGUCGUUCGGGCGGCGCGUGUGCGUGCGGCGCGGCGGCGCGGCGCUGCUGGCGUGCGCGUGCGUGGGCGCGCCGCCGCCGCGCUCGCGCUGGCACCACGCGCGCGCGCCCGUCACGCACCACCACUACUACCAGGUCACGCACGCCGGCCAUCUGCACAUACGCGGUACGUAUCGGUGCCGCCGCCGCGCUCGCGCUGGCACCACGCGCGCGCGCCCGUCACGCACCACCACUACUACCAGGUCACGCACGCCGGCCAUCUGCACAUACGCGGUACGUAUCGGUGCCGCCGCCGCGCUCGCGCUGGCACCACGCGCGCGCGCCCGUCACGCACCACCACUACUACCAGGUCACGCACGCCGGCCAUCUGCACAUACGCGGUACGUAUCGGUGCCGCCGCCGCGCUCGCGCUGGCACCACGCGCGCGCGCCCGUCACGCACCACCACUACUACCAGGUCACGCACGCCGGCCAUCUGCACAUACGCGGUACGUAUCGGUGCCGCCGCCGCGCUCGCGCUGGCACCACGCGCGCGCGCCCGUCACGCACCACCACUACUACCAGGUCACGCACGCCGGCCAUCUGCACAUACGCGGUACGUAUCGGUGCCGCCGCCGCGCUCGCGCUGGCACCACGCGCGCGCGCCCGUCACGCACCACCACUACUACCAGGUCACGCACGCCGGCCAUCUGCACAUACGCGGUACGUAUCGGUGCCGCCGCCGCGCUCGCGCUGGCACCACGCGCGCGCGCCCGUCACGCACCACCACUACUACCAGGUCACGCACGCCGGCCAUCUGCACAUACGCGGUACGUAUCGGUGCCGCCGCCGCGCUCGCGCUGGCACCACGCGCGCGCGCCCGUCACGCACCACCACUACUACCAGGUCACGCACGCCGGCCAUCUGCACAUACGCGGUACGUAUCGGUGCCGCCGCCGCGCUCGCGCUGGCACCACGCGCGCGCGCCCGUCACGCACCACCACUACUACCAGGUCACGCACGCCGGCCAUCUGCACAUACGCGGUCAGUGCCGUCUGCCCCGCCUCCCGAGGUCAACGAGCAAUCAUCUGGAAACUUCACAUGCACGGCCAGUAAUUCUAUAGGGGAGGACUCCAUAAUGUAUACCGUGGUCGUGGUCCUUCCGCCGUCGCCCCCCGCGCUGUCUCUACAGUACACUACCGCCUCUAGUAUAAAACUGCACUGGCAGAGAGCAGCCGACGCGGUGGAUCCUAUAUUAGGAUACCUGCUGCAUUACAAGCAAGAGUCACAAACUGACUGGCAAACUAUAGAACUAUCACCAGAAGUUACGUCGUACACGAUGGAUAUGCUUAAAUGCGGAUCCACGUAUAAUGCGAAGAUACAAGCAAAGAACAAAAUAUCUGUAGGACAGCCCAGCGAAAUGCUGACUGCUACCACGAGAGGCGGACGUCCAAAGCCGCCAAAACCCGAAGAACACGUUCACAUGAACUCCACCGCCAUAAAAAUCAAUUUCUACGCAUGGCGAGACGGUGGGUGCCCCAUCCUUGGCUUCAGAGUUUCAUAUCGGAAAGCUGGGACUGAACACUGGAUCAAAGUAGGUGACGAACUGAGUUCUGCUAGUCACGUGAUCAGUGACCUGAUGCCGGCCACGUGGUACGAGCUCGUGGUGGAGGCGUACAGCGACGCGGGCACCGAGCGGGUCACGCUGCUGGCCGACACCUACACUGUAGCUGGUGGCAGGAUUGCGCCGCUGAAGCCAUGGGCGCCGCUAGCCGACGAGGGCGGGCGCGGCGGCGUGCGCACCGCGCUGCUGGCCGCCGCCACCGCCACGGCGCUGCUGGCCGCCCUCGCGCUCGCACUGUGCCUGCUGCUCGGCAAGGGCAGAGAUGAUAGAAAAUUAAGUGAAAGCAACGAGGCUGAGCGAGAGAAGCUUCGAGAAGGACAAAAAUUAUAUUCGUCUUCGUCGAUAAACGGCAACGAGAAAUCGAACGACGAUUCUUCAGCGGAGCUGUACGAGAUAAGUCCGUACGCGACGUUCGGCGCGUCGGCGGCGCACGCGCUGCAGUUCCGUACACUCGCGCGGCGCGAGCUCGACGCCGCGCCGCCGCACCGCCGCCGCCGCCGCGCUUGCGAUCACUAUCGAUACGACGAGUCGAGUUUGUCUAAAUGCUCGACAGUGGAGGCGCGCCACCGCCUGCGCGGCGCCGCCGGCCCGCCGCCCUGGGCCGCGCACACCGACUCCGACGACUACAGCGACAGCGCCGCCAACACCACCACUAAAGGGUCGGGCGGGUCCCCGUGCGGCAGCGCGUACGGCAGCGGGAGGCGCAGCGCGCGCACCACCAGCAGCGGAGGCCUAAAUGGGAGCGACGGGCUUUCCGGAAACUCCGCCCCAGUCGCUCCAGAUAUAUCGUCUUUAAUCGAUAAAUACCAGCAAAGAAAAGAACAAGAACGUCGGGAAUGUACAAUUCACGUAUAA